AUGGCCGUCGUCGUCCUCGCCGCCGUCAUCGUCCCCGCCGCCGCUGCCGCUGCCGCCGCCGUCCUCCUCAUCACCAGCAUCAUCGUUGUCCUCGUCGCCCUUUUGAUGCUCCUCGUCAUCGCCGUCGUCAUCGACGUCCAUCUUGUCGUCAUCGUCGCUGGACGCCGACUAUCGAAGGGGCCAAAAGUCACGUGCUCGUCAGCGGGGGCACGGGGGACCGUGAUGAUUUCGCCUCGAUAACCUUGCCUCGUCAACCUCCAUGACUUGCAUGCGGUUCUGCCAGUCUCUUCGUGCCGCCUCGAUCGCCUCCUCCACCGUCAUGCAUUUACCGACGCGGGGCUUUGAGGUUGAUCGCCCCACAUUGGGGUGGGGCAAGGUCGACUGA